GAAAAAAGGAAAUUGUGAUUUGUUACCAAAUAAUUUCUCAUAUAAAUCCCGGUGAAUACCCUUUUUUCAGGGAUUUUGUCUUCUUGCUCGUCGACACCAUUGCAGGUCGAGAUGUGGACGUUAUAAUAAAUAGAAAAUGAACAACACUUCUGCAGGGCCACCCUCAAAUGCAGCUAGAGUACGAGGAGCAUCACAACCUUCGGAAAGUUCACUUAAAAGGAAACGUGCCAUGUUUCAGAAAGACCUGCAACGCAUGAUGUAUGGUUUUGGAGAUGUUAUCAAUCCAAUUCCAGAAACUGUGGCACUUGUGGAAGACAUUGUGGUGGAUUAUGUCACUGAUAUGGCGCACAAAGCUCAGGAUAUUGCAACCAAAAGGGGGAAGCUUUUGACAGAGGACUUUCUGUUCUUAAUUAGAAAGGAUUCGGCGAAACUUAACCGGUGUAGAGAACUGUUGUCCAUGCAUGAGGAUCUGAAAAAAGCUCGAAAGGCUUUCGAGUUCGAUCAAGAGGAAUUGGCACACAUGAGUGAGGGCGAAGUAUGAAGUAAUGAUGUUACUUGAGAAUGCCAAAUUGAGUGGGCACCAUAGGACCAGUAUACAAUUUACCAACACAGGAGUAAUUAGCUGCUUCUCCUUACUUUCCUCUAGCACAAUAGAUGGCUGAGUCACCUUGUAGUUGCUGCGCUUAGAGCUGUCUAGUCUUUGUUCAAUUACCUAUCUUCUUAAAACAUACUUUCCUCUAGGUUACGAGUGCAAUGUUGAUAGUGUCAUUGAAUAUUCAUCAAAUAAGAA